UUAAAAAUUCUGGAAUGCAUAUUAGCCAAUUGUUAUUUGUACGCAAAAAUAAAAUGUCGAAUACCUCCAAGGAAGUCGGCGAUAACCCAGCGACCAAAAAACAUAGGAGGAAGCAGACGAUUUGGUCGCGCGAGAAGAUCGCCAAACUGAUUGAACUGUACCGCUCUUCAGAUUGUUUAUGGAACCACUACUCGGAGCUGUACAAAAACAAGGACUGCAGAGCUAAGGCAAUCGAAACCAUUUGUUCUUCCCUUGGGAUAACAAAAAACGACUACGGCAAGAAAGUCCACAAUCUACGUAAUCAGUUCAAUUCGGAAUUAAAGAAACUUGAGCGAAGACUUGAGGAAUCCGGAGGAGAUCCAGAAAAGACUUGUCGCUGGGAACACUUCAAAACGCUGAUGUUCCUGCGUUCUGUUAUAGAACCACGGCCAGGAUAUCAGCAAGGUGCUCAAUGCAAGAAACUGAUGACAAAGCUGGACUUAAACUAUGGCGAACAGGAUGCUGAAAAACAGGCCCAAACCUCAAUCGAAACUUUGGAAUCAAUGAUUAUAGAAAACGAUGCAGAAACCAUUGAUAUCCCAAAGGUUGGCGAACUCAAUCCUACGAUCUUGGAACCUCCGCCGUCUAACAAAUCGUCUGCUCCAAAUCGACUAACAGAAGGCCCAAUGGUUUCCGCUCCUGUCCAUAUAGCACCAAGUAGUCGGGAUCAAUGGGAUGCAUUUGGGGAAUUGAUCGCGAGUGAAUUCCGCAAUUUAAACUCUGAGGUUUCACGCAAGAGGCUGAAGCGAAAAAUCAUGCAAGUAAUGUUGGAAAUAGGCGAAGAAGACGAUCUUGAGCUACCAAGCACAAAUAGUUGAAUGUUAAACAGAUUAAAAGCAUAAAAUGUACAUAUUUAUUAUACACCCUUUAAAUUUAAAUGUUAAAUAUAAGCAGCACGCAGAUCAUUAAAAGUCUUGAGCGCAAGACUAUUUUAUGUGCAUUUGAAGCACAGUUCAAAAUGAAAAUGAAAUAAACUCUUUGCCUUGUUAAAAAAUCA